AAUGUUUCCAAAUAUUAAGCAAUUUAAGCUCACACAAUAAAAAAUUUGCAAGUAGACGUGCAUAUGAAGUAAAAAAAACUAAAGCAAAAGGUGUGCAAUGAGAGUGUGAAUCCAAUCUGGGCAGUAGCUAACUGUCACCUUUUCCUCGUCAUCCUCUCUUGUCUCUUCCUCCUAAACCCCAUCUUCACCUGUAUAUAUAUAUAUAUAAAAAUUGUGUCACCUUUGUCAUUCGCAAUGCCCCCACACGUCUUUAUUUCUAUUUCCAUUUUCACUACUCUCAAACCUCACAUAGAGCGAGAAAUUAAUUACUAGAGAGAGAAGGAAGAAGAAGAUGUCGGACUGGGGACCGGUGUUCGUAGCAGUAGUUCUGUUCAUACUGUUGACGCCGGGACUGUUGAUUCAGGUACCGGGUCGGGGCCGAUUUGUAGAGUUCGGAAACUUCCAGACUAGUGGUGUCUCCAUACUAGUUCAUUCCCUCAUCUACUUUGGUCUGAUCUGCAUCCUCCUCUUAGCUGUUGGUGUCCACGUUUACAUCGGCUGAUAAUACUAAUAUAUUAUCAGCAAUCUCCAAUUUGUCAUAUCCCCAUUUCAAUCCCGUUCAUUCAUAUUAAUUUUUUGGAGGUUUCUAAUUUCGAUUUGUCGUUUGUUUGUUUAUUUAUUUAUAAUUUGAUCUGAUUUGCUCUUGAUGUCUCUACUUUUAUGCAUUCAAAUUUCAGGAAAGUGAAUUGUUAUAUAGUCUUUUUGAUUUUCUGUAAACAUUAGAAUUGUCCCCUAUUAUGAUUGAAGAUUUGUUUGGCUUUUCCAAAAGUUUAUUAUUGUAAGGACAAAUUUUUUUUUUUUCAAUUUCUGAACUUUAAUUUAGAGGGUACACAGUAACUUACAUGUAUUCAGACUGUAAUAUUGGAAAGCUUGGAAUCCAAUUGAUGAUAAAAUUGUAAUGUUUGUGAUCUGUCAUGGAUUUCCAUGGAUAUAUAUCAUAUGGAUCUAAAGCUUCAGAGACUAUUAUUUGUUGGAA